AUGCUACAGUCUUCAUCAUCCGGGCUGGUGCAGAUGGAGGGAUGUGGGGAAAAGGCGAAAGAUACGCAGAAAAUUCAGUGCAAGAGACUGACUGAAGAGAGAGAUGAAGCAGAGAGCCAGCUGAAACACAUCAAGAGAGUUUCCCAAAUGGUGAUCGAGGAGGUGAGCGUUCUGCAGACGCAGCUGGAGAUAGAAAAAUCCUGCAGAGAAAAUGCUGAGGCCCUUGCCACCAAGUUGAACAGUGAGAACAGGAAGCUGAAGUAUCUGAGCCUGUCGUCUCGACCCUGUCUGGAUGAGAUGCUACCUAGUAUCACAGACUGCAUGCCUCUGGAAGAGGAGACGGACACACAGGACACCAGCCCUGACCCGUACAGCCAGUACCAACAGCAGGUUAAAGAGCUGCAGGAGACAGUGAGCAGUCUGCUGGAGGAGAAAAAGAGACUUGCCUGUCAGCUUCAGGAGCAGCAGAGACAGAUUGAAGAGCUAUCCAUCCUGGCUGAGAAGGAGCAAGCUGAAAUGAAGGAGCUUCACAAAACCACAGAGCAGCAAAGCAAGACCAUCAAGAGGUUCAAUAGAGUGUCUGUGAUGGCUACUACAGAGUAUGAGGAGAUGAAGGAGCAGCUGGAUUUGGAGCAGAGCCUGAGGGUGAAGGCUGAGACCUACGCCCACGAGAUGUUGGUGAAGCAGAAAGAGGCUAACAGACAGAGUAUGAUCCUGCUGCAGAACGCUGACCCCAGCCUGCAGCUGAUCAUGGCUCUGGAGGACGUGGCUAAUGUUACCAAGACUCUGGAGCAGGAGAGACUGCUGCAUCACCAGAAGGUGAAGGCUCUGGAGGCUGAGCUACAGGAGUACUCUCUGAAACAGCAGAUAGCCGAGCUGCAGAGCCAGCUGGAACUGAUGGAGGAGGAGAAGAGAGAGACAGAGGGAUGUCUGCAGGAGGUAGAGAAGAAGAACCGUGACCUAGAGAAAAGAGUGCAAGAGCUGCUGCAGGUCCAGAAGAGCACGGAGCCCUCACCAGGCCCUAAACCAGGGAUCACCCCACCCCCCGCCCCUGUUCCCCAGCCCCCUCCACCCCCACCACCACCCCCUCCCCCUCCUCCACCCCCUCCCCCAUCGCGAUGCAACCCCCUCAGCUCACUGAUUGCAAUCAUGAGGAAAUCAUCCAAGGGUUCAAAGGGGGGAUCCCCUAAGUUAGAGCAAGCUCCUGGUGCAGAAGGAGGUACAGAUGUUAAAGUGAAGGCAGUCAAUGAGAUGAUGGAGAGGAUUAAACAUGGAGUGGUUCUGAGGCCUGUCAAGGGAGGAGACACUAAGGUGAAGAGGUCAACAGUUCAUAAACCUUCAGUAAUGGAAGAAAAGCUGCCACAGGAGAGUGCCAUGGAAGAACUGAAAGGCAUUCUGGAGACAGUGAAGAAGAGUCCCAGUCGGGGGUCUCAGGAGUCGGUCCCGUCCCCCCCAGGGAAGAGCCCUGUCAGCAGCGAGCUGGAGGUCAUCCUCAGGAGGAGACGUAAACAGGCCUGUGACUCUGGAGGAGAUGAGAGCAGGGACGGACAAAUAAGCAAGGUUUCGUCCUCUGACAGCCUGAACGGGAGGCACAGCCAGAGUUCCCACAGCUCCGACAGCUCUGGCAAAGAGCCAGAGGGGCCUACAGGUCCAGGGUCUGGGCAGAGCCCCAGAGAGCCAGCCUCCCCCAGCGGAAGGGGCCCCGGCCCAGCCGUAGCAGCCAGGCGCAGGUCAGACUCUUGCCAAGAGCCCCAAGCAGGGUCCUGGCUGGACAGGAGGUCCCGUACUUCUUUGUCUGAGAAAGAGGUCUACUCUGAGGCACCUGUCACCAAUGGAUGCAUUGUCAGUGGGGAGGAGCCUGAGAAGCAGAAGCCUGAGAAAUGGGCACCACAGCCCAACGGAAUCAGCCAUCUUAACCCGGGCCUGACUGUGGAGUCGGACACGCAUGCCACACUCUCUCCCAGCCUCUCCGCAGUGCCCAACCCACUCAGCGGGAACGGGAACACGGAUGCAGAGUGUUGA